UAUUAAACUUGUUAUAAUUUAUUAAACUAUGUGAUCUAAUUAAACGAAAAGAGAAAAAAACGAGUGUUCUAAGUGCACUCGGAGUAAAUGACAUUUGUCAGACAAAUUCGUAUUUAACUUGCGAAAGUGUCACACAUUUGUAUUUUGCAAUAUGAACACCUCACCAAUUUCUCAACACAGCUGCCGCGACUCGAUUUAAUACGCUUGACUUUACUACGAAGUGUCCACUUAGCAAAUUAUAAGCUUUGAAGCAUUGUUAAUCGAAUCAGAAGUGCAGUGAGACACAAAGCUAGUGGGAUGCGGAAAAUCGAAAAUUCUAAUGACAGACUUCCCUUCUUGGAUGAAGACGAAAAUAAAAUCAUUGAACUUCCGUAUGUGUAUAUCGAAGAUCCGUUUCGGAGCGUUCAGUAUCACAGCUUGAUGCUUAAGGGUGCUGCGAAUCAUAUAAGAAAGUGGCCUAAAGAUCUCUUCGGCUCAUUUAUGGCAGCGUGCCUCGUUAUUAGUAGUUUUGUUCUUCUUGCUUUUAUCACGGCAAUAUUUUGUUCACCCAUAUCGAGUGAUAAUUGCUGUGACUUGAAGAUCACCGAUGAUGAAUGUUCCUUUAAUGUUUAUUUCGUGAAGGAAGAUUCGCAGAUCUGGUCUGGGAAAGAAUUCUGUUACGUUGAGGCUGCGGCAAGAGAACAACCUAAUCUAAAUAUACACCUAAUUAAUUUGAUGCGUGUUUCCACUGCACUGAACACUUCGGAAUUUUAUCUUAAAAAGACACUGGCCACUCAAAACACUAAUAUUCGCUUGGUUAACUUAUCGAUUGAUGAAUUUUUUAGCAAAACGGAAUUGUCGAGUAUUGCGAAUAAAUUAAGUAAUGAAUUGUUGCUAAUGGCGGCAAGAGCGUAUUUGCUUUGGAAUUUUCCUGGAGUUGCGAUGCAUCCCAGCGCGUAUUGCAAUUUGUCAAUUGUCAAUAAAUCUCGUUGGAAUAAAAUGGGUAAACGAGAUUGCACACCCGACGAAUUGAUUACGAUCGAUCCAGCGAUCAAUCUGCAAGCAACAAACGUGCAUUGUCAAGCGUUUUUAGGAUUUUUACUGCGGGAAAUAUCUAAGAAUGCAACGCAAAUUUACAGUUUAAAGGAUGCACUAGAUAGAUUUUGCCCAAAGAUUGAUAGUUGUCCCGAAGUACGAGUACUUGACUUAAAAUCGCAGUGUUCGGUGAACGCUUUUGAUUGUCCUACUGUGUAUACGUCUGGAAAAUCUUGGGAGCUUACAACAUAAUCCGAAAAAAAUUAUUUAUAAAGUCAAU